UCAAUUAGUAUAUUUCUAAUGGCGCAUGGAACUUAAAAGGUUAUGUAUAACUAACUACUGUAAAUGUCAAGUUUUCCUUAAGUUAUUAUAAAAAAUGAAUCAAGCAGAAGUUACAAAACUAGUGUCUAGAUUACGAAUCCCCGUUAACCCCCAUGUUAGAAAAUUAAAAAAUAUUGAUGGUCCUGAAGGGAGGUUGAGGAAAUUGCAAAAAACCGUAACGGCUUUGAUAAAAUAUGAAAGAAUUGAAUUGAACUACAAUAGGGCCGAUGAAGCUAGAGGCUAUGCUGAACGACUUAUAUCGGAUGCUAUUCGUCAUGGUGACACUCAUAAAGAAACAAUGGAAAUGGCUGAUUUUUGGAUUUUAGAAAAACAAUUUGUACAUAAGUUAUUCAAAGUACUAGUUCCAAGAUUUGAAAAUUAUAAUAUAUCAUAUACAAAGUUAUAUCAAGCUCCUAGAGAAUAUCCUGGCCGACACUAUACUAGAUCUGUUUUGGAACUUAGAGGAAAUCCAUUUCCACCUCUAUCUCAGAAAUAUACAGGCAACAGAAAUUUACUGCAUAAUGUUUUACUUGAUGAAGCACGAAAAGAAUAUCGAUCUAAAAAAUAUGCUGAAAUGGCUGAAAAAAUUGUUGAAUCACCACCUGCAAACCCUUCUGUUGUGAAAGAACAUGCAUAGAAACAUAUGAAUUUACAUAUUAAAUAU